AUGCAGGGACAUUUGAGAGAGAAUGGAAAGCCUGCGAUAAAAAUUUUUGAAGAUGCAUCUUUCAAAGGCUUUCAAGAUUCGCUUGACUCGGAGAUGAAAAGGCUCACAAGUCUCGGCGUGGACUUGGACGUUAAACAAGCUCAACCGUUCUCAGAAGAAAAGUUGUGGAGCUCAAAAGUACUCGGUAGCCAUAAUGCACGAGUAUCACUAGACACCUUAGUGGUCUUUAUUGGAAAUAACUUUUCGCUUCGAAGUGGGCAAGAGCAUCGACGUUUACGGUUUAGCCAGCUAAGUUUGGUCGGGGCUAAAGGAAAUGAAGAAGAGAAAUGUUCAUUUG